GAUGUCACUUCACUAUGUAAUGAUUUGAUUGUUGUUUAUGUUUAUUCUUUGAAUGAAACAAAAUGGACUAAUUUUGCCUUUUGGAAUUGUUGAAUUGGUUUCCUGGAUAAGAUUAAGAAGGCAGCCUUGUGUAAAGUUUAAGAGGCUAACUAAUCUGAUUGUGAAGACUUUUACUGCCUUAUUCACAUAGUUUGGGAACAAUGUCUGGAAGAGGAAGAUACCGUGACAAUCGCAACAGAAAGCACAAAACACUGUCUUCUGUGGCGCGUGAGACCGCGGCCUCAAUAGCUGCUGACAGCCCUGUGCUGGCUAUGUUCCUCUCUGCUGCACAGAAAUUGAAUGAAAGACAAGACCGCCACGAACGUCUAAUUAAACUGUCCAGAGAUAUCACUAUUGAGAGCAAGAGGAUCAUAUUUUUGCUGCAUUCAGGACUUACAGCUGAAACAACCAAAAAAGCUGUGACAGAAGCGAAAGAAAGAAUCCAAAAGCUGAUCAACGGACCAAUCAGAAGCAUUGCUAUUGAGCUCGAAAACAGUCCCGCAUACUUACAUUCCCGUGCCGUCACUGCAGGCUUCCAGGAAUUCAUUGAAGCGUGGACUCUUUGCACAUUAAUGGAGAAGAAGGAAAUUAUAUCAUUUUCAGAAGUUCAACAACAACUUACGUAUAAAGUAAAAGAUAGUGGUGAUACGGAGGAAGAGAGGGCCGUGGUUGCUAUGUUACCACAUACAGAUUACAUGCUCGGGUUGGCAGACUUGACUGGGGAACUGAUGAGACGGGCGAUAAACUCGCUGUCGAGUGGCGAACGGGACGAAUGCUUCCACACUUGUCAAGUUGUUAGAGAUUUGUACACAGGGUAUAUAGGUCUUUACGGAAUGGGCAAAGAGUUAUGUCGCAAAACAAACAUAACCCGCAGCAAUGUUUACAAGGUAGAGGGCGCUGUGUACGCGCUGAGUAUCCGGGGCGAAGCGCCGCCCACCCUCAUACUCGCCGCGACACAACCCGCGCAUCUUGACUGGGAGACCCAUGACCAUUCUGAUGACGAAGGAUUUUAUUAACUUCGAGUCUUCUUCGGGCCUCAUUUUUAAAUUUUAUUUAUAUGUAAGUCCGUUCCUCUUAAAGUCUUGCUAACAACAAUAGGUUAUUUAUAAUAAAACGCGCAUGUAACGUACCUUUAUAUUACCUCGGGACGUAUAGAAUCAUGUUAUUUUGAUCCGUGGUCACCAAGCAACAUGAUUCGAAACGUCAGAGAUAAAAUAAAGGUACGUUAUGUGGGCGCUUCAUACCUGUAUUAUUUAUGGACAGACAUUUUUUUUUAAUUUUAGACAUUAUUGAUGUCGAAUGACUGAAAAUAAGUACAUUAGUGCUAGGAAGUGAAUACUAGACAUUAGCAGACGG